GACAUAAAUUGCCCUUUCAGCUACCUCGGCGUCUUACAUCUCUUAUCCGCCAUUGAGAAAUAUCACACCUCUCAACCUAAUGCAAACUUCGAACCUAUCAUUCGACUACUUCCUUACAACCUUGACGAAAACUUGACAGAACGACCCCUACCAAGAGCAGAGUACAGACAACAACGUCUUGGACUCGAGAGGGCGGCACUGGCGGAGAAGAAUUUCAUGGAGAAGUUUGCCGCUAUCGGGGUGGAUGCCAACUCCGGGGGCCUCAUCUCCUCUCCUCAUUUGUUCAACCGCAUUCUCACUCAUGCACUCUUCAUCGCUCCCGAAACACAACUCCCUAUCGCUUUACAACUCUUUCACGCUAUUCACGUAGACGCCCGACAUCCUAGCGAUCGCGCCCUCAUUGCCGAUGCAGCCGUCGAGCAUGGUUUAUUUCCGACUAUCACGAAAGCGAUGCUUUGGAUGGAGAGGGAUGAGUGUGACGCUCAAGUAAGAAGGGCGUAUGUGACAGCUAGACGCUUAGGUGUGACUGGUGUCCCUUUCUACGUCUUUGAGGAUCGUUGGGCUUUGAGCGGGCUGCAUGGGGUGGAGGAGUUUGUCUCUGUGAGUGACAAAGCGUGCUUCUAUUUCCGCACUUCUCAAUUCCGUUCGUCAUUACUGUUCCCUUGUGUCUCCGAUACACAGUUCACUCCUUGA